AUGCGUGUCACCACCUCCCUCACCACUCUCCUCCUCUUGGCCUUCGCUGCCACCCACACCGCCUCGGCCUCUUCCAGCCCUCGCGCCGAAGAAGAGCACAAAUUCAUCAAACGUUCCCACCGAAGCCACGGUGGAGGAUCUGGAUGGGGUAAAACCAUUGCCGGCGGUACCCUUCUCGCCGCAACGGGUGGUUUCGCCGCUACAGGUGGUAGUAUUGCUGCUCAUCACCUCUUUGAUGACCAUGACGAGAGAGAUAGUAGAAGGAGCGAAGGCGGCAAUGAAGGAGGUAGGGGCAGAAACAUGCCGGAGGGUGCUACUGUUUAUACUCAGCAGCCUAUUGCUCAGCGGCCUAUUGUUCAGCAGCCUAUUGUUCAGCAGCCUAUUGUUCAGCAGACUAGCAGCGGUGGUGGUGGUGGAAAUGGGGAAGCUCCUUUCCCUAUUGGUAUUUUAAUGUCGAACGGCGCUACUGUGCCUGUUCCCCAGAAGUUGCUGCAGAGCGCUUUUGCGCAGCAGCAGGCUCAGAGCACUGGUGGCGGUGGUGUUGUUUUCCCCCAGUACUAA